CUUCUGACAGAAGAUCGGCUCUAGCGGCUUCUGUGUGGAGUUUGGCUUCGGUUUCUAGGGAAGACGCGGACCGCCAACUUCCAUUCCUGAGUUCGUUGCUGUUGGGUUUCUGGUGGUGUUGGGACCUGGUAACCUAGCCAUAAUGUCCUCCGACUUCGAGGGCUACGAGCAGGACUUCGCGGUGCUCACUGCUGAGAUCACGAACCGCAUCGGGAAGGUGCCCAAGUUGCUGGGGGAUGAGAAGAAGCAAAUGGUUUCAAAUGUGGAAAAGCAACUGGAAGAAGCAAGAGAACUUCUGGAACAAAUGGAACUUGAAGUUCGAGAAAUACCUCCACAGAGCCGAGGCAUGUAUAGCAGCAGAAUGAGGAGCUACAAACAAGAAAUGGAAAAACUUGAAGCUGAUUUUGUAGCUGGAACACUGGGCCCUGAUUCAAACUGGAACCAUGCUAUGGGAAGAAAGAAUCAGUAUGCACGGAUAGAUCAUGACUUGUCUAAAGCUAAGCAUGAGCUUCAUGAAAGACUGGAGUUACUAGAAGGUGCUAUCUUGAGUAAAAAGAAUAGUAGUCCUACUAAUACCUAUUUUGCUGAGGACAACAACUUCUGGUCAUUCCACAUGGAUACAGCACAAAACAAAA